AAGUAAUAAAGUAAUCAUGAAAAAUGAAAUUAAAUAAAUAAUUCUUUUAUAAAAAGGAAGGAAGGAUUGCUUACUAUCGGAUACGUUAGAGUCACGCUGGGGCCCACGUCCGCUGUGACAGGUGCCUGGAUAAACAGGGACAUCGAUGGGGCCAGCAGGUGGCGUGGUGGUUAGGCUGCUCAGUUCCCACGUGGCCAACUGUGGUUUGAGUCCCAGACCCACAGUCCUCUCUAACCGGAGGACGGGGAACAGACCUGUGGGAGCCGGGCUGUCCCCUCCCAGCCCUGCGCAGCGGGCAGGUCCUCACCGAGUCUCAGGUCGCGGCUUGAUUUGGCUGUGCCGUGUCUUUAAGAUGCAUUAGAGUGAUAAAAAUAAAAUAAAAUUCUCCAAUUCUUUCCCAUUCCCGGUUUAUUGACACUUUUCUUUUGAUUGCCACAGGACACACAUGCUUGCCAGAGAGAGACAGAGAGACAGAGAGGCGGAGAAAGGAAGAAAGCACCCACUUCGGGCCUCGUUGUCUCUAUCCCCGCCUCCUUCUCCACUCCCCCAUCGCGCUGGGACUCUGGGCACACACACACACUGGGUGUGGUUCUCAAGGUGCCGGGCUGGGACUCCAACCAUACCGUCAACGUUAACCACUUCACUAUGGGGCCAGACCACGAAGACCCAAAUGCGCCCAUCAGGAACCUGAGGGUGGAGCCAGGAACUAGGAAGGUGACCUGGGACCGCCAUGCAGACGUGACGGGUGUCCAGUGUAGAAGAAAUGGCCGUGACACAAAGUCUGCCACGAACAACAACUACUGCGUUUACAAUACUCUGUCCCUGUGCAACACCGCCAACUACACCGUCAGCGCCGCCAGCCCGCCCUUCUCCACCUGGGUCCUGUUCCCCGAGCCAGCCCGCAACCCCGGGGCAGCGGCCCGCAACCUGAACUGCAGGAUCCACGACGUGGAUUUCCUGACCUGCACUUGGGCCGUGGGCGCGGAGGCCCCCCGGGACGUGCAGUACCACCUCCACCUGAAGGACUAUGAGACCGGCCGGGAGGUGAGCUGCGCCAGCUACCAGGUGGACAGCCGCGGCACGCACGUGGGGUGUCGCUGGGCUCGCAUCGCCACGGCGUUCGGCAGCUCCGAGUCCUUCCUGUUCCUGGUCAACGGGACCGCCGGGCGCGACAGGGUCCCCUGCACCGACAUGUUCGCGGCCCUCGAAGACAUCGAGAUCUUAAGCCCUCCGAACAUCACGACUCAGUGUAACGCGACACACGCUUUCAUGCAGUGGAGUAAGCCCAGUCACUACCACGACAAAUUCACGUACGACCUUCGGAUUAAAAAGAGCACAGGAGCCACCAUCAACGAAACGCUCUACGACGUCAGCAACUUCAGGCUGCUCAACCCCGGGUCGUACUCCGUGAGCAUCAGGGCGCAGGAGGUGUUUGUCAAGAGCCAGAGCGCGUGGAGCGCCCCCCAGCACUUUGAGUGCGACCCGGAGGAGGGCGAGCAGACGCGCACAUGGCGGCUGUCUCUGCUCAUCGCGCUGGGGACGCUGCUGGCCGCGGUGUGCACGCUGAUCCUCUGCAAACGGUCCACGCUGAGGCAGAAGAUCUUUCCCCCCAUCCCGCACAUGAAGAACCACCUCGGCGAAAGCUUCCACAACAAGCUGAUGGUCUGGGAGGCUGGCGGAGCAGACCUGGAGGACUGCCCGGUGACGGAGGUGCACGAAACCUUUCGCCCUGGAGAGCUGUGCCUCUCCCUGACGGGCCAGGAACCAGCUCCCCGGUGACGGGACAUUUACUCCAGGGGGAAGAGAUGCUAAUCGUCAGGGGCUGGCACCCGGGCACCUUUGCACUGUGUUCAUUUAAUAAAAAAAUGCUUUCUA